AUGAAAGCGCCUCGGGGGCUCUUAGACUACAGCCUCUCCGGCUACCAGAGCAAAUCUGCUGUCACUUGGAAGAUCACGGGGAAUUUCAACGGAGAGAAAACCGUUGAACUCAGUCGGGGCCCUCUUAAUGAAGGCUCCACAUUUGCUGAGAGGCAGGGUUUCCAUCUUCCUGGAGCCUCUUUUGAGAUAUGGCAACGUAGGGCUCCUCGGGAUGGUCUAUCCCAACCUGGUGUGGGACUUUUUGCCACAACGUUCAACCUAGAUUAUCCUUACGGGUAUGAUAUUCCUACGAGUAUCGUGUUUACGAAUACCUCAGCGGUCGAUGAUCCCAGAGCUCGGGGUCUGUUUCCGAUACAGCUCUUCGUCAAUGGGUGGCAAUUUGGAAAGUAUAUUGUCGAGGGAGUCAAUCAGUUUAUCAUCCACGGUCAACCUUACAGUGGCAAAUACUGGUCAACAACAUGGCCAGGUUACACCGCUUUCUCAUAUUUCUAUUCCGAAAUGUGGUCAGAUAAACAGCCUGCAUGGAAUCACGGUUUCUCGAAUGCCCUGGGGUAUAUUGGCAGACUCCAAUACAGCCAGCAGACAGGCAAAUUGAGAACGGACGUUGCUGUUUAUAAUAAGUCCGCGACAGAUUUCGCAUUUGCAUCUAGCUUGACAAAUAGUACGGACAUCAUUCAUAAUGAGAGCGGAUUUCCGGUCAUUUUGAGCGGUGGAGAUCCAUCCUACUAUAUGACUGGCGCCGCAAGCGAGAAGGAAAACUUCACAAGGGCAAUUGCCUUGUUGAAAGAAACAGACAAUAUCUAUAGUGUCGUCAACGGAGAGAUUGCCGAUCAGCUCUCCUCUCUGAGUCUGGAUCCUCAAAUCAGAGUACAAUCCGACGGAGAUAUCAUUCCGGUCAUCAAUUAUCACAAUGCCGACGACAAAAUCGUUAUUCCUCUACGCCUGGAAUCAAAUCAGACAGCACUAAUCGGAUUCAACGGAGAGAUACGAGAUCGGUCCAACUCAAUUCUCCAGGGCGUUCAGGUGCCUUCUACAGUUCUCGGGCACAAGUACAGCGCAACUUCUUCACAAUUAGUCGACCUCCAUGUUGCUGCUGGAGGACCCGGCAUCCCUGGUAGCAAGAAUCACAGUGCAUUCUAG